CUGUUUGCUUUGCUGGGCUGUUUGCUUUGUGGGUACAGAAGCCAAUAGCCACACUACUGUGCAGACUUCUCGGGGGCCCUGGAGCGGCCCUGGGCCUCCUGUCAUACUGAGAGAAUGAGGAUGGGGGUAUGGACUGGGAGGGCGCUGGCAGAAGUGUUUCUCCUCAGCGUCGCCCUGGGCUGCCUCAGUUUACCUGGCUCCAGAGGUGAAAAACCAGUUUUCCUUGAGUCAAGUGCAGUCAACAAGAGCAGACAAGCGCGGAGUGUGGACAUUGCCCUGAUGCCCAUUGACUGUGAACAGUCCAGCUGGAUUUCCUGGACUGCAUGCGAUUCCUGUCAGAAGAAAAGGUAUAGACACAGAUACUUGCUCAAGCCCUCUCAGUUCCAUGGGGAACCAUGUACCGACUCUGACAAGGAAGUGGAAGACUGCAUCCCCAGCAGACCAUGCAGAAGUCAAGUGCGAUGUGAAGGCUUCCUGUGUGCACAGACAGGGAGGUGUAUAAACCGUAGACUUCUUUGCAAUGGGGACAAUGACUGUGGAGACCAGUCCGAUGAGGCAAACUGUAGAAGAGUUUAUAAAAAAUGCCAACAUGAAAUGGAGCAGUACUGGGCAAUUGACCAUCUGGCCAGUGGGAUAAACUUGUUCACCAACAGUUUGGAGGGUCCGGUUCUGGAUCACAGGCACUAUGCUGGGGGGUGCUCUCCUCACUACAUCCUGAACACGAGGUUCAGGAAGCCGUACAAUGUGGAAAGCUACACCCCACAGACACAAGGCAAAUAUGAAUUCACACUGAAAGAAUAUGAGUCAUACACAGAUUUCGAACUCAAUGUCACAGAGAAAGCAACUAGCAAGUCUAGCUUCAGCUUUGGUUUUAAAAUACCAACUGUAUUUGAACUUGGCAUCAAUAUGGAAACUGAUCAAGGCAAGAAUUAUAUUAGUAGAAUCAAACAAUUCACUGAUACCAAAAGCAAGUUUCUGCAUGCACGCUCUGACCUUGAUGUGGCACAUUACAAGCUGAAGUCGAGAAGCCUAAUGCUGCAUUAUGAGUUCCUGCAGAGAGUCAGGCAGCUGCCCCUGGAAUACAGCUAUGGGGAGUACAGAGAUCUCUUCCGGGACUUCGGCACCCACUACAUCACAGAGGCCGUGCUCGGCGGCGUUUAUGAGUAUACACUUGUGAUGAACCAAGAGGCCAUGGAGCAAGCAGAUUAUUCCCUUAAUGACAUCCUUGACUGUGCCAAACAUGAUUUCCGAAUUGGUGGUAACAUCAAAGGUGUCAGCGUCAAGUUGGGUGUGUCAGAUGACAGAUGUACGAAGAUCCUCAGUGAAAUCAAAGACAGAAAUAAGAGGAGCACCAUGGUGGAGGACUUGGUGGUGCUUGUGCGGGGAGGGGCAAGUGAACACAUCACCACCCUGGCCUACAAGGAGCUGCCGACCGCUGAGCUGAUGCAGGAGUGGGGAGAUGCUGUGCAGUACAACCCAGCCAUCGUCAAAGUGAAGGUAGAGCCUCUGUAUGAACUAGUGACAGCCUCGGAUUUCGCCUCCUCCAGCACAGUGAGACAGCAUAUGAAGCAGGCCCUGGAAGAGUUCCAGAGGGAAGUCAGCUCCUGCCACUGUGCCCCUUGCCAAGGCAAUGGAGUCCCUGUCCUGAAAGGAUCCCACUGUGAGUGCAUCUGUCCCCUUGGCUUCCAAGGACCGGCCUGUGAGAUCACCUACCGGAAAAAUGUUCCCAUCAAUGGAAACUGGAAUUGUUGGUCCACCUGGUCUUCGUGCUCUGGGGGUGUAAAAACAAGAUACAGACAGUGCAACAAUCCACCUCCACAGGGUGGGGGCAGCCCCUGCCGAGGCCCUGCGUCGGAAACAGUCCCCUGUUAGGGGAAGAAGCACUUCUGGUAGAUGACACCACCCCACCACGCACUGUCCUGGAACCCCCCAGGCCUCACCCCUCUCCACCCUACCCCAACCCACCCCACUCCAGCUCCUGCAGCGGCCAGCCCAAGUCAGAGGGCAGCCCCAUCCAGGCCCUUGAAGUAGAGUGGUUAGCUUGUGAAAUGCACAGUGAGUUGAAUAAAUAGAGGAUUAAGCAAAAGCA